UUACGAAAUCCAAUCACCACUCUUCCUCUCUACUUAAACUUUGCUCUUCACUUUCUCUCUCUUCACAUCCCCUCAUUGACAGGUAGACCUGUCUCAGCUCAGAGUUCACGCAAAAUGAGUAUGUAUGGCAGAGAUCCAUGGGGCGGUCCCCUGGAGAUAAACACGGCGGACUCCGCCACCGACGACGACCGCAGCAGGAAUCUGCAGGACUUCGAUCGAGCGGCGUUGUCGAGACCGUUGGAUGAGACGCAGCAGAGUUGGCUUUUGGGUCCCACUGAACAGAAGAAGAAGAAGUAUGUAGAUCUGGGAUGUAUUAUUGUGAGCCGUAAGAUCUUCGUUUGGACGGUCGGAACUCUCCUCGUCUCCGCCUUAUUGGCUGGUUUUAUCACUCUUAUUGUCAAGACUGUGCCACGUCAUCAUCAUUCUCAUGCCCCUCCUGAUAAUUACACCCUCGCUCUUCACAAGGCCCUCAUGUUCUUCAAUGCUCAGAAAUCUGGGAGGUUGCCCAAGCAUAAUAAUGUGUCGUGGAGAGGUAAUUCAUGUUUGAAUGAUGGGAAAUCGACGUCGUCGAGUUCAAGUAUUACGAAAGAUCUGGUGGGAGGCUAUUACGAUGCUGGGGAUGCUAUUAAAUUUCAUUUCCCAGCAUCUUUUGCCAUGACUAUGCUGAGUUGGAGUGUGAUUGAGUACAGUGCUAAAUAUGAAGCUGCUGGUGAACUCAACCAUGUUAAAGACAUUAUCAAAUGGGGUGCUGAUUAUUUUCUCAAGACCUUCAAUCAUACUGCGGAUUCUAUUUCUGUGAUGAUUUCACAGGUUGGGAAGGGCGAUACAAGUGGUGGGAGUACAAGUGAAAACGAUCAUUAUUGUUGGAUGCGUCCUGAGGACAUUGAUUAUGAUCGACCUGUAUCAGAAUGUAGUAGUUGUUCGGAUCUUGCCGCUGAAAUGGCUGCUGCUUUGGCUUCUGCAUCUAUUGUUUUUAAGGACAACAAGGCCUAUUCGCAGAAACUUGUCCAUGGUGCCAAAACGCUCUUUAGGUUCUCCAGGGAGCAGCGAGGCAGAUACAGUGCUGGUAAUGAGGCUUCGAUUUUCUAUAAUUCAACUAGUUACUGGGAUGAGUUUAUUUGGGGUGGAGCUUGGUUGUACUAUGCGACUGGGAAUUCUUCCUAUCUUCAGCUCGCUACUACUACUGGUAUUGCUAGACAUGCUGGAGCUUUCUGGGGAAUUCUAGAUAAUAGCGUACUUAGCUGGGAUAACAAGCUUGCCGGUGCUGCGCUACUUUUAAGCCGAUUGAGAUUGUUCUUGAGCCCUGGGUAUCCAUAUGAAGAAAUGUUGAGGACAUUCCACAAUCAAACAAGCAUAACCAUGUGCUCAUUCCUUCCGGUUUUCACAAGCUUUAAUAGAACCAAAGGAGGCUUGAUUCAAUUAAAUCAUGGAAGGCCUCAGCCUCUCCAAUACAUUGCCAAUGCAGCCUUCUUGGCAACCUUAUUCAGUGAUUAUCUUGACGCUGCAGAUACGCCUGGAUGGUAUUGUGGACCCAAUUUCUUUUCAACUGAUGUCUUGCGUGAAUUUGCUAAGACCCAGAUUGAUUACAUCCUUGGCAAAAAUCCUCGGAAAAUGAGCUACAUAGUGGGUUUUGGUAAUCAUUAUCCAAAACAUGUCCACCAUAGAGGUGCUUCUAUACCAAAGAAUAAGAUCAGAUAUAACUGUAAAGGAGGAUGGAAAUGGAGGGACAGUAAAAAGCCAAACCCAAAUACACUUGUUGGAGCCAUGGUUGCUGGUCCUGACAAGCAUGACGGUUUCCAUGAUGUGAGAACUAAUUACAAUUAUACAGAGCCAACUCUUGCAGGAAAUGCAGGUUUGGUCGCUGCUCUUGUGGCAUUGUCAGGCGAAAAGAGUACUGGCAUUGAUAAGAACACCAUUUUCUCCGCUGUUCCUCCAAUGUUCCCGACUCCACCACCACCGCCAGCACCUUGGAAACCAUAAGAAACAGUCAAGACUAUGUCUUUUUACAUUAAGUAUGUUGUGUGACUUACGGUCAGAUGAUUUUUGCUGUGGUAGUACUUGGAAUAUGAAUCAUUGAAGGUUAAGCUGAUCAAAGAUGAGGGAUGAUAUGAGCAUAGUGGAGAAAGCUAUACACAGAAGUUUGUGAAGAACUAGGGCCAAGUUGGGGACCCUAAAUAGCACUAAGAAUUUGUGUUAUCAGGACAUGUUACUUCGUUUGUAAUUUGUGAUAUAGAUAGUGUAUAUGUAUGAUAAAAAUCUUGUAUUCUUUGAAAACACGAGAAGUUGAACAGUUUGAAAUUGUUUAACAAUAAAGUCCUCUAA